ACCGUAGUCCCUCUUUGUUACAACGGGUCAAGUCCAUCAACUUAUCUUUCUCUCGGUCCGAGCAACCCGACCCAGUUCCUUCUAUCGCUCAAUACGCCAUCCCAUAUGAAGAACAAGUUCACAAGGUUGAGGAUUGUAAAGAUAUGACACCUGACCCUAAUUCAACCCCAGAAAUUAGCUCAAGAUAUGAAGAUCGUCCAAAUCCAUAUAAGCAGACCAUCAACGGUAUUGAAGUGAGUCACGUGACAAGAAGUAAGUCUGCCACGUGCGUUGAAACGAAGCUGGAGAAGAGGACGAUGAUGGUGAAGUCGGCAAGUGAGAAGAGGAUGCCGGUGGAAGAGAAGGAGGAAGAGAGGCGACCGGCAACGACGAGGGAAACGGUGUCGUUUGGUGAAGAUGAAGCAGUUGAUAGUAAAGCUGAUGAUUUCAUUAACAAGUUCAGGAACCAGUUGAAGUUACAACGGCUUGAUUCUAUUAUUAGGUACAAGGAAAUGUUGAAUAGAGGAGUUAGCAGGUGAGCGAUCGAGGUGUACUUUUGGGACAAACACGCCCUUGGUUUGUAUGUGGAUGUGGAAACUCCAUGGAUAUUUUUGUCCCUUUGAACUUUUCUCCAUAUUUCUGCUGCUCCAUUCAAGAUUCAUUUUCAUUGAAGAAGAAAAAAUUGAAGAUUCAUUUGAGGGCGUGGAAUUUGGACCAUAUGGAUAUUAUCAGAAAUGCUGUUAUAGAAUUAUACGAUUUUUAUGAGCAUCAAUAUUUUACCUAUAUUAUUAGAAAAUUGUUUCUCUUGA